AAUAAAAGUCAGUCGAGUAAGAGUAGUAAACAAAAAACGUUUUUACACGGGAGUGGUCGAGAAUAUCAAAAAAUCUGUGUAAUAACAUUCUUAUUGUUAAAAACUUUUAAUCUCUUACUAUUUCGUUUAUUAUGCAACUUUUAAAUAGUUAAUUUUUCGAUCACAACUCCUUUUGAAUAGUCCUACAAGCAGAUAAAAUAAAUGACACAACUUUGAAAACAGCCUGUAUAUUUCCAGAGAGAAAUGUUGCAUACACGAUCUGAAAAACCGCUUAGACACUUUGUGAUACCGUGAAUUAAAUCGGAUACAUUUUUUAUUGCGUAGGAGUUCUUUUCCUGAAAAUUUGACAUUGACAAAUGUGGUACGCGAUUCCAGAUACCUUAUUUUCUAAACUACCUUUUCUUCUUUUCCAGCCGAGGGCGACAUCUGCCAAUUCGCCUCCCUGAAAAGCCACUACCACAGUCGCAAAUGCCCCGCGAAAGACGAAGGCCUGUCCCUGUUCACCGCCGCAAACCGACCGCGCGCUCUCAGCGCCCUCUAUGCGGCGGCGACGACGGGACCGGUGGCAGCUGUCAGACAGCUCGACAGAUGGCGCAGAGACGGCCAGCGAUCUUCGGGGUUCUUCGUUUGUACGCCGGUGCUGCAGGCUAAGCGAAGGAGGAUGCGCCAGAAAGUCGACAUCGAGAUCGAGACGAGGAUGCCCGCUGCUGUGGAAGAACUCCGUCGCUGGACCUCGGACGAGGCGCUGGGCGACGUCACUGUGAUGCCAGACUGUGCCAGUAGAAUUCCACCUGUCACCACCUUCAUAUCCGACAACCAGGACGCCACUGACGUAGGCAGUGGCGUGGUGUCGUCGGACGAUGAAGGGGUCGACCACAAACUGCCGUCGCCCGAAGAGCAACUGCAAGUCAUGGCGCUCAAAUUCCCAGCGCAAGUGGUGGCGGUCGACAUAAGCGGCCGCAGUUUCGACCGGAUGUCCGCGCAACGGCGCUCGUUGACGCACGCCGAUCUCGGCAAACACCCGACAGAUGGCGACACCGUCGGCAGCGGAGGGGGCACGAGGAGGAGGAGGGGGCGCAGACCGAGGAGCAGACGGAGGAAUACGCUGGCGGGCACGGAUCAGAAGGAGAUCGCUGACGCGCUCAGGGCGGACGAAACAACGCCAAACGAAGAUACGGAUCCGACAACGUCAGGUGUCGCUUGCCGGAGCAAAAGCGGAGACCUUUUCAGAUCGUUGCCGUCGAAAAAAGACAUCUUGGACAUUAAAAAAUCUCAUUUCGAUAUGCUCAAACAAUGGGGCAAGAGCCGAUACGACAAACUGAUGAAUAAAAGCUCGGAAAGCAAGACUAGCACAGACGUCGACGAUUUCAAUGUAUACGAAACCGUCACCGUGAAAAGAAAGAGAGAUGUAGACAAAGAAAGAAAGACCCAUGAACGAAAUUCUUCGAUAUCCUCCUCGGAAAAGUCCGUGGCAAACGUUCCUGUGACAACUAGCACUCUAUCUUCAGUUAUGAACAUCGCCGUGAAACUUAGAGAGAGCUCAGCUCAAAGAAGGCAGAGACGUGCCGGAAACAACAAAGACGAGCCUCACUCGUCUAGCGGCAAUUGGAGCGCUAGCUCAGAAAGCGGUAGAGCUUCAAUCGGCUCAGAAAUCACAACUCAUCCUAAAUCUUCCACCUCUGCAGCUACGUCUAAUAACUCUUUGAACCAACAACCUCCUAGUUCUGUAGCUAGUAGAAGAAGAUUCCCAGUUACAACCUCAGGAUCUAGUAGCAUGACAAGUGAAGGUACUCUUACACCUGACAUUAUCCAUGAUCUGCACGAAGAUGGAGAAACUAGCUCAGUUUACUCUUGCGACACUGAAGGGUAUUACACGUCUUUCCAUAUGGAUAGCGGACUGAAGACGCUCAAGGAGGAAGAAACACCGCCUACGCCUCUUCACUCAACGUCUGCCUUUUCCAAUAGUGGGUCAAACAACACGGUCCUUUCAGCAGAAAACGAAUACGAACUUUUUGGAAAAGGCUCCACGUCCACAACUACCAGCUCAGCAGGAACUGUUUGUACUGCCUUAAGAGCAUCUGAAAGCACGAGGUCGUUGGUUAUAGGCCCAGCGGUACCUGAAAGGAAGAGCUCUCUAUCGAAACUCUCUAGCAAAUCGCCCGAAAGUUCUCUAGAACGAGACUUGAGUAGCGAUAAAACAGGUACGGUCAAAAGAAGUCCCGCCACCAGCUCCAAACCAACAGUUGUAGCUCUAGUCCAUAAAGAAAGUAACAAUAACGGCGACGUAUCUCCUGAUAGCGGUCAUAACACUUCCAGCUCCCCGAUAGAGUCGAUAAGCAGUCCGAACGGUGUGAGGAGCAGUUCAGACUUUGAGUUUUCCGAAUCUUCGGAUAUGGAAGGCCCGGAGAGAAUCGAAAGGAUACGAGUCAAAACCACAAUCAAUUCUAGCAGGAUACCUUCGAUGUGUGUGAUAACCCCGCCACACAGCGACGAGGAAAGUGAACACAGCAGUAGCUCUUCUAAAAGGGAGUUCAAAAAGACAUUGCAACCAAAAACAGAUACCAAACAGCCUAUCCAAAGGAUAAUAUCAACAACUGUGAAUGGUUCCAACCAGAUUUCGUUGGUGAACGUGAAUCCUCAAUCAGGUUACGCCACAAUACAAUCUAUAGACCAACCCGACUCCGUUGGAGAAAAAACUGUCAAAACCGAGACGUCCAGGACCAUAAGAGCACCUAGUCCUAGCGGAGGUACAGUCAUAGUGAAAGAAGAACCUCAAAACAAGUCUCCAGUCCAACCGGUGAUCAAGGCCUCCUUAUUGCCUUUGAAUAACAUGUUUGGAAAAAUCAAGAUGAAUAUAGCAAAUUUUGCCCAGAAAAGAGACAGAAGCAAGUCACCUAGUGCUAACAAAGAUCAACAGACGAAGCUGGAAGAAUUUGAUGCUGGAGAAUACGUCACGAUAGCUGAUGUUAGGAAUAAUAAUGGCAACAACCUGAAAGCUGUUGAAGACAUAACAUACGCGAACGAUGUUGUCAAUAAGAAUCUGACAACGGUUUUGUCCGGCAAAAUUAGAGACACCGAAUACGUUUGCUUAAACGAAUUACCUUGCAACGAAAAUAACAACGUAGUGAGUAACGUGAACGUAGAUUCUCUAGAGCGCAAAAGGCAAGGUGCUAGGGUGAAACUAGACGCGGAAGGCAAAGUGGUGUACAGUUCCGAUAGCUUGAAACGAAGAGCUGCCCAUACGACGUUCGAACCGGGUCCCAACGUGAAGAACACGAUGGACAGCCCGUUGCAGAGUCCGAUACCGACGCACCGAUUACCGAAGAACCUUCGUCCAGUGAACAACAACCAAGAAAACCGUCCGUUGUCGCCGCAGAGCGGCAAAUUGGUGAUCAGGGCUUGCUCUGGUCAAACGUCUUCGACCUCGGAGAUAAUCCGGAUGCCUCCGUCCACGAUAGUGACGCCAGGCACGAGGCCGAUGUCGCCAAAGUCAAGAGGCGCGUACGUCAGGAUGCCCGAGACCGCAAAGUCCCCAGUCAUUGGCCAGGAUAAAGAAAGCGCCAGACCCGUUGCAGUCAACCAGCCGCUCACCAGCAUCCAAAGUUCAGUACCUGGUCAGCCCACCCUAAGGGCGGAUAACCCUCGAGACAUGUACCGCUACGGAGACCCAAUGUACGCGGGCCUUUACAAUCGAUACUAUCUGCCAGACGGCAACAUGUACUCCACACUUCCCUCCAAGAAGACCCAGUACUUCACGCACGACAUCACUGCAGAGAGAUCUGUCACGCCUGACAUCACCAGGGGAUUGGAAAGGAAUUUUCACUGCGAAGACAACCGAUCCUUGCCUAGGAAUAUGUAUAGGAAUAAUCAAAGGAUGGGUAUUCCGGUCCGGAUGCCCGAUUUGAACCGUUUGAAUUUACAAGUGCCUUUACAAACUCCAAAAAGUUAUGAGGAUUUAGCAGAGCCUCUGAAAAUAUCGCCUAUCGAUCCUAGGCAUUCUGGCAGCUUCCAAUCUUCAACUCCCUCGAAUAAAACAGAGCUGAAAGCUGCUUCGAACUUGGAAAACAAACUCCUUUCUCCGAAAAAAUCCACGAUGUCAAACGAGGAGUUGUACGCUGUUAUACAUAAAAGCAAAAAGAAGAUGAAUAUUGAAGAUGUUACGCCGAGGUCUUCCCCCGUUACUGUACAGGAAGAAACACCUGUAAGGCAGACGAUCAAGUCUCCGGAAACGGGAUAUCUAGAUCGACCUAGAUCGCGUCUAAGUUGGUCACCUAGCAAAGGAGAAUAUGUGGAAUUUAACAACGAUAUCGACAAAUUUUCACCUCCAAACGAGUCUAGGAGUAGGCAAAGUUGGGCUUGCACUGACAGAAAACCAAAAGUGAAGCAAACCUCCACCAUAGACUUCAAACGACUUUUGCUGCAAAAGUCGACCACGACUCCUCCCAAAAAGAUAUCUGCCGUCGAACAGUUGAAGUUGUCCAAACAGCAUACCCAACCACUUCAAAAACAGAAAUCUUCCUUGCCGGAAAUGAACAUUUUGGAUCUCAGCGGUUCCCCGAGGAACUUGGCCAACAGAAGGUUCGGUAACAACCUUCCGGGUUCCCCGAAUAGGGAUCCGAAACCGGGCGCGAAACUCCUUUCGCCCCGUUCUCAAUGGAGGUUCGCCAGCCCGAGAAGCGACGUUCUCUCCUCUACAAUACUUGAAGAUUGUAGAGAAGACGAGAACAGUUCGAAUACUUCCGGUGAAAAGUCCAACAGGUCUUCGCCUAGAAGUGCUAGUCGAAACAGCAACACGUCUUCGCAUAGUGACAGUAAGACUUCCUCUUCCCCUUCUUCUUGCCACAAAGGAAUGCCUAGGAAUUCAGAGGCUCAAAAGUCCUAUAAUUCAGCUAGCCAAAGACUGUACGAUCUGAGAGCGCAGUUUUUCCAACAGAACGCGGCUCAAAGUAAGCAAAGAGUCGAGGAGAAACCUCCACUCGAAACUUCGUUCUAGUUUUGUACAAAGUAGGUUUUUGUAAUUGUGUACAUAUUUUCCGUCUUUCGACGUAUAUAUGAUGACUGAGAUACACUGUUUUUAUGCUAUAUAUUUACAGAUUUCUAUAUUAUCGUACUUUUUUAAUUUAUUGUAAAUCAUAAUAUAUAACGAGUUUUUUGUAAAUAAAUGUGUUGAUUGCUAUA